UUUAAUAUAUUUAGCUCUAAUUUUUAUUUAUUUUUUUUAUUUCUUUAUAUUUGUAAUAGUGUGUGUGUAUAUUUUUAAACAAUUCUUUUUAAAAGGAAUGAAGGUUUUUUCGCCUUUUAGGAAUGUUUGUGAUAGUGUUUUUAAAGUGGUAAGGCGGGAAAAGUCAUUCCCCCUCAACUUCUCGGCGCAGUUAUUUUCUAAAGGAGGUAAGGCAAUCAUUUGCGCCUAAAAAAGCUCAAAAAAAUUUUUAUACUUUUCUUCCCACAUUUUUAUGCUUUUGUGAUCGAUUCAUCAUUCUAGCAGUUAACUAGCCCCAUCUUUCUUUUAAUUCUUCUCCCUAUAUACACCCCCUCCUCCCUAUUUUUACUUACAUUAGUACUAGUAACUAUUUCCGCAAUCAUCCUCCUUCCCAAUUCUCUCCUUUUAAUCCAUCUACUACCACACAACCAGUCGGCUUUUAAUAUGAUUUUUGUUUUUUUUAAAUUAAUAAUAACCGGGCUUAAAAGUAAUUAAAAAAUAUUUUUUUGAGAUUUCCAAAAAAUUCCAAUUUUUUAAAAACUUUUUUGCUUGUUGGCUUUUUUUCGAUUUUGUUUAUUUAUAUGGGAUUUUUUCUAUUUUUUAUCAUUUAUUUACGUUUAAAAUUUUUGGAUUCCCCCACGCUAAUUCUCCUCUAUCAAUUGAUGGUUGAUAGACUAAUCAAACAAAACUCCCCCCCCCCUCCCUCCUCUCUAUUAAGUUGGACUAACUUUUUUCUCUCUUCUCCUCCUCCCCUCCACCUCCUCGAACCAUAGCAAAAGCACAUUUUUAACUAGUCUAUCCGCCGCUUCCCCCUUCGAUUAUUCGUUGUUAAAUGACAAUACGAU